ACUAAACACAGUUCGAGUUCCAGACAAUGGAUCUUGCUAAGUUUCUGUGUUGGGUAGUUUUGCUUCUGGGAAUCUCAUUCGUAGAAUCAAGGUACAUGGUCUACAAUACUUCACAUACCAUGGUUCCUGGAAAACUUAAUGUCCAUGUGGUUCCUCAUUCCCACGAUGAUGUUGGUUGGCUCAAGACCGUUGACCAGUACUAUGUUGGCUCUAACAACUCUAUCCAGGUUGCUUGUGUUCAAAAUGUGCUGGAUUCAAUUGUCCCUGCGCUGUUGGCUGAUAAGAAUCGCAGAUUCAUUUAUGUUGAACAGGCGUUUUUUCAGCGAUGGUGGAAUGAACAAAGUGAGACAAUUAAGCGUAUUGUGAAAGAGCUUAUACACUCAGGCCAACUAGAGCUCAUAAAUGGUGGUAUGUGCAUGCAUGAUGAAGCAGCACCACAUUAUAUAGAUAUGAUUGAUCAGACAACCCUCGGGCAUCGAUUCAUUAUCAGAGAGUUCAAUGUGACUCCAAGAAUCGGUUGGCAGAUUGAUCCCUUUGGACAUUCUGCAGUGCAGGCUUACUUGCUAGGCGCAGAAGUUGGGUUCGACUCGGUCUUUUUUGGUCGGAUAGAUUACCAAGAUAGGGAGAAGCGUAAAAAUGAGAAGAGUCUUGAAGUUAUCUGGCGGGCCUCCAAGAGUCUCGGUUCUUCUUCACAGAUUUUUGCUGGUGCUUUCCCUAAGAACUACGAACCCCCACCUGGUGGUUUCUACUAUGAAAUUAACGAUGAUUCCCCCGUUGUCCAAGAUGAUCCUGACCUGUUUGAUUACAAUGUUCAAGAACGAGUGAAUGCCUUUGUAGCUGCAGCUUUGGAUCAGGCCAACAUUACCCGAACAAAUCACAUUAUGUUUACCAUGGGAACAGAUUUCAGGUACCAAUAUGCCCACACCUGGUAUCGACAAAUGGACAAGCUUAUUCAUUAUGUUAACCUCGAUGGACGUGUCAAUGCUUUCUACUCUACCCCUUCUAUAUAUACAGAUGCAAAACACGCGGCAAAUGAGGCUUGGCCCCUGAAAACAGAGGACUAUUUCCCUUAUGCAGACCGUAUAAAUGCUUAUUGGACUGGAUAUUUUACAAGUAGGCCAGCACUAAAGCGUUAUGUCAGAGUGAUGAGUGCCUACUACUUGGCGGCAAGGCAACUUGAGUUUUUCAAAGGGAGAAGUGAGAAGGGUCCAAAUACAGAUUCGUUAGCAGAUGCGCUAGCUAUUGCUCAACAUCACGACGCUGUUUCUGGUACAUCGAAACAGCAUGUGGCUGAUGAUUAUGCAAAAAGACUAGCAAUAGGCUAUGUGGAGGCUGAGAGUGUGGUUGCUACUUCUCUUGCUCAUCUGACUAAAGUAGAUUCCGCCCUGAAACCAACCUUCCAACAGGCAAAUAAUCUCCUAGCUUAUACCGAAAUCAACUUAUCAGACGGGAAAAGUUUGAUCGUAUUGGCUUAUAACCCACUAGGAUGGAAGCGAGUGGACAUUGUCCGGAUUCCUGUUGUGGGCGGAGACGUUGCGGUACAUGACUCUGAGGGACACGAAGUUGAGUCUCAACUCGUUCCAUUUACUGAUGAAUAUUUGGCCUUAAGGAACUAUCAUGUAGAGGCAUACUUAGGUCAAAGCCCUACACAGGUGCCAAAGUAUUGGCUUGUGUUUUCAGUUACUGUGCCUCCUCUUGGCUUCACUACUUACACUAUCUCUACUGCUAAGAAAACAGAUGGAUAUUCUAGCAAAUCAUAUGUCUCCAGAAUCCAAAAAGGCGAACAAUCAAUAAUUGACUUUGGUCAUGGGAAUCUGAAGCUUAGUUUUUCCACUGAUCAAGGGACAGCAAUCAAUUAUGUUAACAGCAGAACCUCGAUGACAGAACCAGUCAAACAGACGUUUAGCUACUACUCUGCAUACAAUGGAUCAAAUGACAAAGAACCUCUUAUACCUCAGAACUCGGGUGCGUAUGUUUUCCGUCCGAAUGGCACAUUCCCCAUCGACCCGGAAGGACAGGUUCCUUUGACUGUUAUACGUGGGCCGCUGGUGGACGAAGUACAUCAACAGAUAAAUCCAUGGAUAUCUCAGAUCACUAGAGUUUAUAAGGGCAAGGAGCAUGUGGAAGUUGAAUUCAUUGUUGGUAAUAUACCGAUUGACGAUGGAAUUGGCAAAGAGGUCGUAACCCAGAUCUCAAGUUCCCUGAAAAGCAAUAAAACUUUCUACACGGAUUCAAGUGGACGUGAUUAUAUCAAAAGGAUCCGUGAUUAUAGGUCAGACUGGAAACUAGAAGUCAACCAACCUGUUGCAGGAAAUUAUUACCCGAUAAAUCAUGGUAUUUACUUGCAAGACAGUGAGAAGGAAUUCUCAGUGAUGGUGGACAGAGCUUUCGGAGGGUCGAGCAUAGUGGACGGACAAGUUGAGCUUAUGCUUCAUAGGAGACUGCUCCUCGAUGACUCCAGAGGUGUAGCAGAAAAUCUAAAUGAGACAGUGUGUGUUCAAGACAAGUGUACUGGACUAACUAUCCAAGGAAAAUAUUACUAUAGAAUUGAUCCAUAUGGAGAAGGUGCAAAAUGGAGACGAACAUUCGGACAAGAAAUCUACUCGCCACUCCUCUUGGGGUUUGCUCAACAGGAUGCUGGAAAGCCGAUGAGUUUUGGUGCAGCAUCAUUCUCCGGGAUUGAUCCAUCUUACAGUCUGCCUGACAAUGUGGCACUUCUGACUCUACAGGAACUGGAUGAUGGAAGCGUGCUCCUGCGUCUAGCUCAUCUUUAUGAGGUGGGAGAGGACAAGGAACUUUCAGGAGUAGCAAGCGUGGAACUGAGAAAGCUUUUUCCUGGAAAAAAGAUCGGGAAAGUGACGGAGAUGAGCCUAUCAGCAAAUCAAGAAAGAAGCGUGAUGGAGAAGAAGAGGUUGGUGUGGAAAGUAGAAGGUGAAGGAUCUUAUGGAGAGGAGAAGAAGGCAAAGAGAGGGAGAGAAAUUGAUCCAAGAAAGCUGGAGAUGGAGCUUUACCCAAUGGAGAUUAGGACCGUGUUGAUCCACUUGGAGCGUCCAUCUGCUCAUUCUCGCAUAAACAGAUUUGAUGCCUAAAUAAGGUAGAAGUAAGUUUAAAGGAUAGAGUCUCUUAUCUCCUUCCUCUUUUGUUUUCGCUCCAGACGUUGAUUAACUUAAUAAAAGGUGAGUGAGUCU